GAAAGUUUUAUUUUUCGUUUUCUAAUAUCUUCAAUUGAAAGUCUUGAAAACUAGUUAUAGGUUUUCAUGUAAAUAUACCAGUUUAUUUGAGAUAUAAAAUAAUUUAUAAGAAUCUUUAAUUAUGCCCAGCACAUCAUUUAUCUAAAGAGUUUUCUGUACGGCUGUAUAAAGACGUUUAUGAUGAUUCUCGAAGUUUAUUGAGAUAUUGAAUGAUAACAUGUUUUUUUUAAAAGACAUUUCAAAUAAUCACCAUGUCAUAGUUAGUUUAGUUUAUUUUCUCUCAUUGAUAUUCAUUAGAAUGUAGAUUAAAAACAAAAUAAGAAGACUUCAUAUUCUGUUUCAAAAAAGGAAUAAGCCGGUAGACUGAGAUUUUAACAAAGUUAUUAUUACUUGUUCUUUGUUUAACUGAUAUGUUAGAUAUGAAAUAAUAAGAUAGACAUACAUUUAAUCAAUAUUAAUCUCGUGUUAAAUUUAGUAAUUCAAAAUAAAAUAUUUAUUUUAGUUACCUGAAAUAAAUCUAAAUGCUAAAUUAAUUUUAUCACCAUGUUCAAUAAGUCAAUAAGAAUCAAAGCAAAUUUAAUAUCCAACAUAACAGCAAAACUUGCUUUAAAUCUUCAUAUUGAUGAAACAGCAACAAGUGGUUGAGAUUGGGCUGAUGAUGAAGUACCAAUUGAAGGUGAUGACGAUGAUCUUAAUAGAGAAAAUCUUAAUAAUAAUCAAGAUGAACAAGAUGAAGGUUGAGAUGAUACUGGAAUUGAAUUAUCACCUGAUCUUGUAUGUUUUUAUUCAAAUAUAUAAAUUAUUGGUUUAUUUAAUAAAUAUUUUUAAAUUUUUAUUUUAAUUAUUAAGGCGUGAUGCACGUUCACCAAAAUUAUUUUAUCCAGCAGUUGGAUUUAAAUUAGGAAAAUUAGUUGUACGUUGUGAAAUCGCUUAUAGUUUAACAAAAAAAUGGAAAAUUUCAAGGUCAACAAUGAAUUGA